UUAGGGGUGUACAGCAGUUCAGUCCAGUACCAAAAUAUAUUUUCAAAUGGUUCGUUAUCUAUAAGCGGCUGUGUAUUAUAAACGAUGUAAGUACAGAACUCCCGUUGAGACUUCGAGGUUUGUAGCAUCUUGCCAGGUGUUUAACAGCAUUGUGAACUUGUUCGGUUGGUUUGCUCGCCAUAUUUGUCUCGCUAUAUUUAUCUUAUGAAUACAAAUGGGUCAAAUACAUGGCGUAGCACUUAGGCAAUACACAAAGGACAUCGGUUUGUGGGAACCGCUGUGCCUGUAGCAGAGAAAAGUUUGUAAAUUUUGUUUAGUCUAUUUGUUGGAAUUUAUUUCAAGUAGAAGCAAUUGUUAGUUUGAUGUGGUAAGAAAGCGCGAAUAAACUACGAUUUAAGGCCGAUCAUCUGCACCCAAUCAAGCGUGAAAACCUAAACCUCGCACGUUGAGCGAUGCGAAAACAGAUCGAAUUUUCAAAAUCACUGCUUUAAUAUGUUACUUUCAUUCGCACGAUGCAUACCUGACGGCGAUAUCGGGUGUACAAAGAACGGCUAAGAUGCUGUCGAGAAAUCGUUUCUUUUAUACCACACAAAAUAGAGAUUAUGAGAUAUAAAGAUUCAUUGUGAUGUUUUACGGUAAUACUGUACAAUUUUCUUCUUCCACUUUUCAGAAUCACCAUCUAGCCCCUUCCAGGGCGUGAAUACACUGGUUGUAUUGGAUACUGUUUAUCCUUGUUAGGUGAGAAUUUCACUGGAUGUAUCAAACUUGAACAAGGUAUAGUCGGCGGAUUUAUGGAAUAAGGGGCCGUGAUAUAAAUGAUUGGGUGCUGCUUGACGGUGGCUACCCGCUCUGCUAUCAACCGACCAAGAUAUCCUGGCCACACUUGGUGAUUAUCAAACCGCAAUCUGUCUAGACUGUUUGAACAUGGCAAUUGGUGUUGGCGGUCCAAAACAUCGUUGAAUCGGCCCCAUUCUAGUUACUGUUUUGGUCGGAUUUGGAACCGUUCUACAAGUGUGCAACAGAGCGAUCCCGUGGCCAAACAGCUGAACGCACAGGACGGUUAUUGUGACUAUGCUUCGACUCAUUCGGAGCAUAAAUUCCCCUCUGGAACAUCCAACGAUUCUAGAAGCAAAAGAGACCCGAGGAGACCUGCAUCUUCGUCGCGAUCGUUACGAUUGCAAUUAGCUGUGAGACAAAAGUUUCCAGCCGACCCACCAAUGCUUGCCCGCCGUUUAACCUCAUCCCCCACAUUGACAUCACCGGCGCACUGUCUACCACCACUACAGCAAAAUCGCAAUUUCAAGAAACGCCAGUUUAAAGUAAACGUUCCAGCACGCCAACCAGCGGCCACAACUGAUCUCUUCCUGAGAUCUCUCUCCAUCUUCGUGAUCGUCCUAUCGCUGUUUACCGUGGAGGUCGUCGGACAAGAUACUACAGGAGUGAAUAUAUUAGAAAGACUGCAGUUACCAACUCGAACAACGAACCGCAGAGCAGCUUUGCUGGUAAACAGUGAAGUCUUGUUUCCCAGCAGAUUUACCCGCGUUGUAAGGCCGAUCUGGCAAAUUUUCAACCCGAGGAAGUUCCUCCAUCCUGAAACAAACCGAGCACAUACACAAGAAGGCAGGCCGGAAGAAGCGCUAUCUCUUCUUUUCUCCUUCACCCCUUCACGGAGCAGUUCCUCUUUUCUUGGUGUACGAGACGGUCGAAAACGGAUGCGGUUAGCAAUAAAGAUUUUCCCGCGAUUUCUUGAGGUUUCAGUGAAAAAACGGCGACGAAGGUUUGCCCUGGGUGCUGGUCACCAAAAGGCGUACGUAAUCAUCUUGAUCGUGAUACGGAACGGCGCAAUUUCCGUUCACAGAAAAUGUGGAAGAAAAGUGGCGACAAAGCGGUUUCCCAUGCUCCGCCUUAGUAACGUAAUAGAGCCGCGUAGCGGGAUCCUAGUAUUGGGGAGGUUAAAACGAGCGCCAACAUCCUACAAGGGAAAAAUCUGCCAAGGAAAGGCGUUCGUUGGAGAUGUAUCGACGCUUGGUUAUUGUCAGUUUGUAGAACAACGAUGUCGGGGUGAUUCGUUCCUUGUGGGAUACGCGCGACGGAGAAACCGAGUACAAGAUAUAACCACCGCUUCAAGCAUUCAAGACACAGCUGAAUCAACGGAAGCGACACCUGUUAUUCACGACAUUACAGUGCCAAGCAGGCCAAAAAGAAAGCAGGAAGAACUGGUAAAACCUGUAACAGCUGAGAAGCGCGCGCGUUAUGAACCAGACAAUGCGUUGCAAGGUGUAGGAACUAUCAAGGAUAAUGAAAACAACAGUGAAGCAGCAUACAACUUCUAUUCAGCAUAUAAAAAUCACCGUUCACAUAGACAACCCUACGCCUCAAAUGUAACGCAACAAAACGCAUCUUCGCAAAAUACCUCUUCUUCAUUACCUAAACCCCUCGACAGUGGUUCGGAAGCAAAAGAUUGGCGAACAGCACGUCAAUAUGAAUGGACCGCUGCGGUUAUGACGUCAGCGCUAGAGGUCCAUGCACCCAGAACUCUUUCGUCUACCUACGUUGCUGUCAAAGCAAACAAAACAGAUACAUCAGAGCAUAACCUCCCAGUGAUAGGCAAUGCGAGUCUGGCUGCGGUCAGAUUAGAGGGGUCAGGAAUGGAAACCAAAAGCACGUUACAAAAUCUUAGUCAAUUACCGAUUAACGCCUCGGCGGCGAACUGGACCGAUACCUAUUUAUUUAAACUUUACGCGACAAUUUCGCCGAUGACGUCACCGUUUGUUUCAUCGUCAUUUGUGACGUCACCAGAUGACGUCAUCAGGUGGAGCGAAAGUGACACCACUAGUCCCACUGUACACAUUGGACAAACUCCAACUACUUUUUAUACGAACACUUUUCCGGAGCACGAUGCAAAAAGAACUACUCGCUCAGUUGAAGCGUACGAAACAAGCGUUUACCCCAUUGCCGAUGUUACUCCCACAUCCACAUUUACUGAAGCUACAGACCACACGACCAGCGUUACUAUACCACCACUGCAUUAUAAUAAUGAUCUAAACGUAGCCCCGACGUAUCAGACCGUGACACUAACAACAACACCAUAUACUGCUAAAGGGUCAAAACAACAGACUGCACCAGAAUCUGUGUACAUUACCAUGGAUCAAAUGCAGCAUGUACUACCAGGUGCAGUAAUGGGCAUAAAAGUUUGCGUGGAAUUACACGGCGAAGUGCUGGCUUGUGCUACAAUGGGCGAAAAGGGAGAUAGAGGACCGAAGGGUAAACGGGGUCUAAUUGGACGAGUGGGUCGACAUGGAAGGCAAGGCCCUCGGGGACACAAAGGCCCUUAUGGUAAACCUGGCUUGCCAGGACCUCCUGGACUAAAGGGUCCAGUUGGCCAUCCAGGAAAGCCAGGAUUUUAUGGGCCGAAAGGAAUUAAGGGUCAUGAAGGAAAACUAGGAAUGAUGGGGCCUCCUGGUAUUAAUGGAAUCAAGGGUGAAAAGGGAGUGGUUGGAUUAUUUGGACCACCGGGACUGCAGGGCACAAAGGGACGAAGAGGACGGAAAGGUGUCCAAGGCAUUCCCGGCAGGCAGGGACCUCCUGGAAAGCCUGGCUUGGUUGGUAGCAAAGGUGAUGAUGGUGAUCUUGGAUUGCCCGGAGAACCUGGUGUACCUGGACAUCCAGGCAAUGCGGGAGAGAUGGGGCCACAAGGUCUAGUUGGCAAGAUGGGACGUGCAGGUCGUAUUGGAAACUAUGGUCCAAGAGGAGCACCUGGUCUGGAUCGACAGCCUGGAGCACAAGGAGUGCCUGGACCACCUGGAUUGCCAGGGUCAACAGGAAGCCCGGGUGGUAUUGGGCCGCGGGGGCUAAUGGGUGCAGCUGGAGAGCAAGGUUACCAGGGAGAGAGAGGGAUUCCUGGAGUCAAAGGUGAUAAGGGUGGUAUUGGUGCGGUCGGCAUAAAAGGUGAAGGUGGUUCAAGGGGACUUAAGGGAUCUGCAGGCCCACCAGGUGCAUCUGGAGAACCAGGAAGAUUAGGCAGACUGGGUUCAAUUGGCGAAAAAGGGGCACUCGGUGAACGAGGAGAACCUGGCCUCACAGGGUAUGAGGGGCAUCGUGGACCACCUGGAUUGCCAGGCACUCCUGGGCAAAAAGGUGAGACUGGUGAGAAGGGCAUGGCAGGAUCACCAGGUUCGAAAGGUGAGAUGGGCAAUGAAGGUUUGCUUGGACCCAAAGGAAAAGAGGGGCAACAGGGAAAAAUUGGAAAAGAUGGACCGUAUGGUAAACAGGGACCACCUGGCAGAAAAGGACAUAAAGGUAUUCAGGGAUUAGGUGGAAUAGAGGGUCCAAAGGGCUUAGUUGGAGCACCUGGAGAAAGAGGUUUGCCAGGACUUGAGGGUGAAAAGGGUGACAGAGGGAUGCAGCCAAAACCUGGUCCACCAGGAGUUUCAGGUUCAAAGGGCCAUACAGGAUUGACUGGGGCUGUUGGAUCACCGGGAAGGCCUGGAUUGCCAGGUCCUCCCGGGUUACUAGGACAGAGAGGGCAACAGGGUGGAAUUGGAUUACCGGGUCAAAAAGGCAGUGAUGGGCCAGUUGGCUUGGAAGGACCACAGGGAAAAAAGGGGAAAAUCGGAGACCAAGGUUUCAUGGGUGAAGACGGACCUCUUGGACCUAAAGGUGAACGUGCCCCAGAAGGAUUGCCUGGUCUUCAAGGUAUCAGAGGUCCUGAGGGUGCAGAAGGUGAAAAGGGUCUUGCUGGUUAUCCAGGUGAACCAGGUGCUCCUGGGCUUGAAGGAAACCCAGGUCCACUCGGUCAAAUGGGACCUUAUGGACCGCAUGGUUUGCCCGGAGAACCAGGUGAAACUGGAAAGAGGGGCAAACGUGGACCAAUGGGGCCAGAGGGUACAGAAGGCAGAGAGGGCAUUCCAGGUCCUGUUGGCCCUACUGGCGAUGAUGGGAAAUCUGGUUUGGAUGGGGUGAAAGGAGAACCGGGUGAAGUUGGAGUUAAAGGGGAGAAAGGAAGCAAAGGAGAUGAUGGAGGUCCAGGGUUACAAGGAGCAGUUGGUUUGCAAGGUUUACAAGGAAUUGGGGGGACUCCAGGAAAAAUUGGUGUACAUGGCUUGAAAGGAAUUCCCGGGAAAAAAGGUGACGUAGGAGCACAAGGACAUGUGGGCCUUCCUGGAUCCAAAGGUAAAAGAGGUGCUAGGGGUCAAAGUGGAAUCAAAGGAAAACGUGGAGAACGUGGAAAUGAGGGUUUUCCUGGUGAGCCUGGACCCCCUGGAUUGCUUGGACCCAAAGGUUACAUUGGGCUUCCAGGUCUUAUUGGUGCACAAGGAGAAAAGGGAAUACCUGGUAUUAAGGGAAUUUCUGGUGAGGAUGGAAGAAGAGGGGAGCAAGGAGUUAGAGGCCUCACUGGCAAACCUGGUAAAAGAGGAGAGACUGGUAAACCUGGCCAAGUUGGACGACAUGGAAAGCCAGGAUUAAAGGGUCCAAAAGGAAAUCCUGGAAGCGCCGGUUAUCCUGGCCACUUUGGAGAUCGAGGACAUCCUGGUACAAGAGGUGCAGCAGGGGAACAGGGUUUAACUGGGAAUCAAGGGCCUCAUGGCAAACCUGGUAGACAAGGACCACCAGGCAAAACUGGAGUAAAAGGUUUACAUGGUGAACCAGGACCACGUGGAACAAUUGGACCUGCUGGACCAGAUGGUGUAAGGGGCAGAGAUGGUGCUCCAGGCUUAAGGGGAGAACCUGGUGAGCAUGGAACCUUUGGUCUACCUGGUCCACGGGGCCCUAUGGGUUACGCCGGGCUACCAGGGAAUCCAGGGGACAGAGGAGCUACAGGAGAAGCGGGUCCAGAUGGUAUUCCUGGAUCAACUGGUGCUGAUGGGAAGAUAGGACCCAAAGGAUAUACAGGUCUCCGUGGUUAUAAUGGUGAACCUGGGGAAAAAGGGAAAACCGGUGAGAAAGGACGCACAGGCCCAAUGGGAAUUGCUGGACUUCCUGGAUCCUAUGGUCGUAAAGGAGAUCCUGGACAGAGAGGACCUUCAGGCCCGGUAGGAAUUCAUGGAAAAGAUGGACCACGUGGUAUCCAGGGUCCUAUGGGCUUAAAAGGAAAGAAUGGAGUAAUUGGUCCUGCUGGAUAUAGGGGAGUAGAAGGAGACAUGGGAUACAAAGGAAUCAGGGGCAAUCAUGGACGUCCCGGACCACCUGGACCACCGGGCCCUGCAGUUGAUCUCGCUACAAUGCAACGUGUUAUUGCUGCCACGACUGUUGUACAAUCCGUAUCACGUGUUGAACCGAUGACAUCCAACGCCCCAUUGAAUGAUGAAGCAUCACUGGUCACCAUAGAAUCCAGACUUCCAAUGGAAGGACCUGUAUUUAACACGGACGAGUCAAUUUUAAGCGAAAUGAUGCAUGACAUUCAUGCGCAAGCUGCAAAAGUGGCGACGGGUGAUGGAACACGUGAAAAUCCAGCUCGCACAUGUCGCGAUUUAAUGAUGGCAAAUAAAUUGAAAGGGAUUGAAUCAAGAGAUGGUUCCUACUGGGUGGAUCCGAACGAAGGAUCAAUAUUUGAUGCUUUAAAAGUAAGAUGCAACUUCAGGAGGCUUGGAUAUACCUGCAUACCUGUAGCCGUGCUACUUGAGCAAUCUCGGAACAACACCUCUCACACUAGGCGUCGUCGUGGAGCCAGGGUUGGCGAAGGCAGACCUGGUGUUAAUGGAGACUCUCUGACGUCACAAUUACGAUUCUUACGUCUGCAAAGCGCUGAGGCAGAACAAGUGAUUUCGUUUCAAUGCGUAUCAUCAGAGGAAAACACGCAAAACAAUGUGACGUUAAGGUUACGUUCGUGGACGCAAGCUUCCUACGUCAUCAGCAGCGACGACGAGACGCUACUCAAUGGAGUGAGUGUGACACAAAACCGACGCUUGUGCAACGUCAACAGCGACACUGCCGUGGAAGGAAUCAAGCGUGUGUUGAAAGUCAGGACCAGAAGGACAAGCAAACUACCGAUUUUUGACGUCACCGCUGACGUCACGUUUGAGGCUGACACGCCAGAUCUAGGCGAUGUGUGUUUUCGAUGAGAUUCCAAGCACACGCAUACGCUGCUGCAGCUUCGAAACCCGACUGGCCAAGCGCAAAGAAAUGACGGCAAGAAAGAAAACGGACCGCCGCUGAUAGCGCAGAAAGCACUUGGCGGCAGGGGGCGCUGGGACGACAAUUAUUGCACAUUCAGCGGCUCGCAUAUCCGCGUGGAACCCACGCCCUGUUAGCUUCACUAUGUUACCGACUACCUCACAAAACACCCCUGUGACAACAACUGACAGCUAUAGGUGAUAGUUCAUUAUGCGCUCUAGAAUAUAAUUAACAGAAAUCCAAGCGCCCACCGCACGCAGGGCAAUUUGAGGUUACUUCGUGCGGCCUCACCGACUCAACACAAUCAUAUCGGGUCAAAAGCAUUUGUUUAUCUGCUUUCUUAUUUUCGCCUACCUUUUGCACUAUGUAUUCAUGUUUUACUGCGCUUCGAAAAUCUCAUUUCUUCCCAGCCGCACAAUCACACGUUAUAAUAAAUAUUAAUUUAACAGUUAGCUCCCAAGCAAAAGCAAGCAGUCGCGUUCUCCAUAAUGAGAUUUCUGCCGCCUAGCAGUCAAAUACGCCACUGCACCCUGCAUAAUUACUUACUGUACAUCGUUUUGCGUUUCUUCCUGCCCUGUUAGAUCCCUUUACAUUCAGCAUACAUACGAUGAUGUCUUUAUUUUUCGUUAGCCAAUCGAUCCAGUUGUUUUUUUUUUAUUUUUUUCGAGAUUUUCUUUUUGAAUGAAUCGAAAUAAACGCUGCCUUCCGUA